AUGCAUAAUAACAAGAUCAUCAACAGCUUUUCUCGUCACCCUAUAACAGAGGUUACUGAUAUGAUUAAAAGAUACUAUACGCUAUGGCCGUUUUGGGUCGAUCGACAAAUUAAUAUUGAGCUCCCGUUCAAACAAGUAGGUAAAACUAUAAGGGGCGAGAACAAGGUGUGUGACGCUUCUGGUCGCGAAGUGAAAAGUUUCCCUGACAUCAAACCGCUACUGCAUAGAUUGCAUAUAGAUGGCUACAAAAUUGCAAUUGCCUCCGAGGCGUUCCUGAAGGAGGAAUGUGCGCGUCUCGUAAAGAUGUUCGGAUGGGAUGAGUUUAUUGACUACCAAGAAAUCUACCCGGGAUCCAAAAUAUUCCACUUUGUCAAGAUAAAGCGGGCAAGUGGAGUGAACUUUUGUGACAUGCUGUACUUUGAUAACGAGAAAGAACACCUGGCGGAGGUUGCCGCCACGUGCACUGGCUUAACAACAGUUUGGGCUGACCGAGGAGUAUCGGAAGAAAUAAUGGAAGAAGCCUUUCUCAUGUUUGCUAAAAAUAGAGAAAGCUCCACAUACUUCCGGUCGAAGCCUGUCACGAUUUCCCGCCGUAACUCCACGGAUCCUUUCGUGAGUCUUCGGCCGCUGAUAAAUCUUCGUCGGCGCAACUCAGAGAACAGCUUGCCGCCUCCAAAUAGUAUUUUGGGCGGAGCCACUCUUGCUGCUCUAGCAAAUGGUAUCACUGGAGUUCAUUGUAGGGACUCAAAUUCUAAGUCUAUUUCACAUCAGUUUAAUCCUAAUUUGCCCGGAUUGAAUGGUCGAAGGCAUAUUUCACAUCAGUUUAAUCCAAACCUACCUGGAUUAAAUGGUCCUAUGCCUGAUGGAGCCGGGAGGGGCAAAACAAGGCGACGUUACAGUAUUAUGUGAGAGGGAAGUGUUGAAAUAACAUGAUGCGUCAAAACAGAAAGUGUAAUGAAUUGUGAUAGGACACAAAAUAGUGCCUACUUUGGAUGAUCUUGAUUACAUCUUAAUUGAAAUUUCAUUCAUCAGACUCCCAGUCAACAACAAAAAAUAUCCUUGUAAAUGUGUCCCUCAACAUUUUGCAAUUCUUUCACUAGUUAUUAGAAAACGAAAGAUGUAUAGUGUGAUACUACCUUUGUGCUUUUAGUAUUUAAUGAACGGGUUUGGUUUUCGUCAUUGAUCACGAAAUAUCAAAGUGUCACAUUUUUUUCAACAUUUAAGUGAAUAUAUUUCCACCCGCAUAUUCUGUGUGCUUAAAUAUUUCUGCCAGAAGUGAACAAGAGUGCCAAGAAAUAGAUUACAGAUUAAGUACGGUUAAUCUACGGUAUUUGUUACACAAGUAAGCCUGUCAAAUUGUCUAUCACUAAGCGAUAAUGUUAAAUGUUGAUACCAUCAUGACACCUUAUUAUCUUAGUUGUAUGCCACAUUCCUAGUGCAAAGAUGUACAUGGACAGACGUCCACAUAGUGUUGUACAUAAAAGUUGUCUUGUAGGAGCUUUACCAAUAUUAGAAAGAAACAUACUUCAUGUACAAAGGAGUCAUCUAGUAUUUUAGAAUGGCCUACUAGACUUUAUACACAUGAACAAAUCGUCCACAUUACAUUGGAGAUGUGUUAUUUUACAUGUAUAUAUUAAUUCAUUUCGGUUUGCAUAAUGAUUAAAUCAUACAGUCAUGAAUUUUAUUGACGAUGCACGAUUCUUAACCUUUCUCCAGAC